AUGCCGUCGUUAAAGCGAUGCCAGCGGAACCCGACCCCCGCGUUUAAGCUGCUCAGCGCCGUCAUCAUCAUCUCCUUCUACGGCAUAUACCUUCUGAUCCACGGCAUUCCUUUCGCCAGCACCCACGAAAUCGAGUCGAUCGAGCCCCGAGGCCCUCAAGUCCAGCAUCAACCAUGGACCGGAGCCAGCGGCCGCGCAGACGAGGAGAAGGCCGCGCGCGUCGUCGACGCCAUGAAGUAUACUUUUGCGAAAUACAAGAAGUACGCAUGGGGCUAUGACGACAUCUUGCCCGUCACCGGUGGCAAGGAAAACUCCAGGAACGGCUGGGGCGCAUUCAUCGUCGACUCCGCAGGCACACUUGCGCUCAUGGGUCUUUGGGACGAGCUGAAGAUGUCGGUGGAUCGCAUCGUGCAGAUUCCCUUCUACGAUGCGCAAGGCUUGGUUGAUCCGUUCGAGACGACCAUCCGCUAUGUUGGAGGCCUCGUGUCUUUGGUAGACUUGAUUGACGCCGGUGUGGUCCCAAAAACGGUCCUCGACAGCAAAAAGCGAGCUGGAAUCCUGUCCCAGGCGAUUACUUUGUCGAACAAGCUCGGCCCCGGCUUUGACAGCCCAACUGGGAUGGUCUAUCCGCGCGUCGAUUUCAAGAACGAUAUGGGCAUGGGAGACCCGCCGGAGCUUUACAAGAAGUACCCAGACAAGAUCCGCUACAAAAACCCAUCCAUUGGCCCUGCGCGCGCCGGAUCCAAUAUCCUGGAAUACCGGACCCUCACAAGACAGACCGGAGAUCCAAUCUACUUUGCCAAUGCGACAAAUGGCUGGGCCCCGCUCGUCUGGGACAAGUGGAUAGAAGAGCCUGAUGGCCUCGUGUCUGCGCCUAUUGACAUUGUUACCGGCGAGCCUGUUGGCCAGCAGAGACACUGGGACGCCGGUCAUGAUAGCUAUUAUGAGUACUUAAUCAAAGCCGCCAUAUUGGCCCCCCACGACCGCUACGCCUCCACCUACAUCGACCGUUGGAUGCAAGCCGCCCAGGCGUUACGCCAUAACCUCACCACUCGCUCUAGCUAUUCUGACAACUACAACCCUUCCCAUCUUUUCAUGGGCAAGCUUGACGGUGACUGGUAUCUGAAUGAGAUGUCACACCUCGCCUGUUUCGCUCCCGGCAAUCUCAUGCUCGGCGGGGCUUACCUUGACAAGCCCGAUCUUAUCGUCCUCGGAAAGGCCCUUCUCGACGGCUGCCGUCACAGCUACGCUGCCAUGCCUACCGGAAUCGGUCCGGAGAAGUUCUCCUGGAUCCCGUAUGCUGGUCUCCCGGAAGGUUCCUUCGAACCGCGCACGCCGCGUCAGCGCGCCGAGCUCGCCCAGCACGGUUUCUGGCUUGCGGACGCAAAAUACCGCCUGCGUCCGGAGUACGUGGAGUCGCUGUUCUACGCCUGGCGGAUAACGGGCGAGCAGCGGUACCGCGACUGGGCGUGGGACGCGUUUGUCGCAUUUGAGAAGUACUGCAAGACCGAGUACGGCUUCGCGGCGAUUCGCGAUGUCGGCGUGAACGUGAAGAAGGGCCGCAAGGUCACGCACAUAGACGAGUCAGAGAGCUUCUGGGCGGCGGAGACGCUGAAGUACUUGUAUCUGACUUUCGCUGAUGUCAACGUUGGCACGCUGGAUUCCUGGGUCUUCAGCACUGAAGGACAUCCGUUCAGAAUCAUUCGGACCACCGAGAAUUAG